AUGUCAAUAAUCAAUAUGGUAACCUCUGUUUUUAUCUUUGACAGAGAAUUAUUUUAUUAGAAAAAGCAUUGUUAACAAUUAUUUUUUAUUGUAUUAGAAUUUAUGUAAUUAAAGUGUUCAUAACAUACAUAUAUUUAAACCUCAAGUGAUAAUAAAGAUGGCAAAUAUAAUUCCUCCUCUUGUUAGCGAUUCUCCACCACCUCCCCCAUCGGAAGAUGAAGAAGAGGACGAGUUUGAUGAUUUUCGAGAGUCAAAUGAUCUCUCAUAUGGCUGUGACAGUUUUUCCAUAACAUCAUCCCCGGAACAGUCCCCCAAGAAAAUUCCCAAUGAAAUGUCAACUAGUAAACAUGAAUCAGAAUUUGAUUUCACACCUGAUAGCAAAAAUAAUGGACAAAUGGAUGAUGGUAAACUUAGUAGUAAAGUUGAAAAAGAUAUUAACUCCACAAGAAAAAAUAAUGAAUCAACAAUUAGUGAAGGUUCAAGUAGUUGUAAUCAUAUAGCAGAAGAUUCCAAUGAUCUUAUUCUAAAAAAUAACUUUGUUAACAAAGAUUUAGAUGUUGAUUUUAAAGAAAACAUUCCAAGUCAAUUGAUUCUUGAAAGUAAAUGUUUCAAUCAAGAAAAAGAAAUUUGUGAUAAUAGUGAUAAAAUAAAUGAAACAACUCACAAUAAAAGUACUGUACUUAAUUUAAUAAAUGGACAUACUGUGAAUACAAUGAAACACAGUAGUGCAGAUAACAAUUUAUAUACAAAUUGGUCUGCUGAUUUUGUAAAUCUUCAGAAUGAAGAAAGUCAUUUCAAUUCAGAAAAAUCAUUAUCACCUGGUUUGGAUCCAGCAAAUGUUGAUGAUAUACAUAGGAUAAUUUUUUCUAUUGAAACUUCAGAAAAUCGUUCUACACCAAUAGAUGAUAUAUCAACUGAGAACUUAGAUACUUCUGAUCAGACUUUUAAUGACUCUCCAUCCUAUCCUAAACAUUCCAAUAUUGAAACUUCAAAUCUAGUCAUAGAUAAUGUAGAAAUUAAUUCUGUACAUAAUGAGAGUAUUCACAAUAUUGAAUCACAUUCACCCAAAAAUGUUUCUUUAGAAACUAAUACAGUGAAAGCUGUUUCGGCUUAUUCAGAUUUCAAGAGUGAAGAUGUGAAUUUUGGAAACUUCACUGAGCAAAAAACAUCUUUGGAACCCAGUUUGAAUAAUAAGGAAAUUGAAGGGUUUUCAAAGGAAGAAAUUGGAAUAAAUAAUACUGGUUAUAAUAUCAUAGAUAUUAAAAGUGAGGAAAUUCAAGAUGCUGAGAGAGAAAAUGAUUUUACUACUUUCAGUGCUAAUACCGUAGACCCUACACAAAAUAUUUUAAAGUCAAAUAAUAAUGAUCUAAUAUCAUCAGAUAAUUCUGAUUUAGACAAUUUUGGUACAUUUGUUUCAAAAAAUGGAGGAGAUUUAUCAAAUGUAUUAGAAACGGCUGAUGAAGAAUUUGCAAAUUUUGCUACUUUUUCUGCUACAGAUGAAGAGGGGCAAAGUAAAGAAUCAUCUAUGUUAAGUAAACCAACAGAAGAUUUAACCAUUUCCAGUACAUAUGGAAAUUUUGCUGAAUUCCCAACACAAUCUAUUAUAUCAAAUACAUUGAGUAAAACAGAAAAAGAUGAUGAUUUUGAAGAUUUUGCAACUUUUCCUGUCAAAAUCGAUCCUGAUCCUCCCAAUCCUAAUAUGUCAGAUGAUGAAUUCGGAGAAUUUGGUGACUUUACAUCAUCUACUUUUGAUUCUCAAAAUCAACCAACUCCAGGAACAUCCACUCAAAAAACCGAGUAUACAUUUUUAAAUCAAAAAGAAGCAUUGAUAAAAGCUCAGGAGGUCAUAAAAGAUAUGUUUUAUCCAAUCGAAGAAGUGUUAGAUGACUUUCAACAAUUUGACUUGAUAAAAGAUGAUUUUAUUUUCAAUCAGAUACAAGACAUUACCAACACACCAGCUUUAAAUUACCAUUGGUCAAAAUCUACCAGUCAAAAGUUGCUUCUGAAAAGCUUGAAUAUUGACUCGAGAAAUAUUCUUUAUAGUGGUCAUUCACGAAAUUCAUCAGUACCAAGAUUCGCAGCUAAUUUGGGUCUCCAACCAUUGGAACCUGUAAAAAUGGAAUCUCUAGCCCCAACGCCAUCACCAUCAACACCACCUAUUGUUCAGACGACCUUUCAGGCACAAACAGAUAUUCAAGAAGUACCUAAUGCGGAGUUUGAUUGGACUAGUUCUGGUCUAGUGAAUCCAUUAGAUUACUGCCAAAACACAUUAUUAGAUCUAGAGCAAUUAGUUGCAUCUCUAGAUAUACCUAGUUCUAGUCCCAGUUAUCCAACUUUAUCCACCACUAGAGUUCAAGAAGAUUGGGAUGUAUGGUUAGAGUGUUCAACUUCUGGCCCCACUAAUUCGGAAGAUUCUAAGUCUGGUGUUCAAGCAGAUAACUUCGAAGAAUUUACUUCAUUCCAAUCAUCGGAACCAUCUCAACUUUCAACUAGUUGGCCUAACGUACCUUUAAGGGAAACCUACAUAUCUGAAGUUACACAAUCCCAUAUUGAUGUUGAUGUUUAUCUACAACCGACAAUUGUUACUCCUGAAAUGCCCAGAAAAAUCAUAAGCACCGACGAUGAACCAGAAUUUACCGAAACGAACGUCGACGUUAAAGAAAUUAAUAAUAUCCAAGACGAUGAUAUUGAAUUUGAUGAUUUUCAAAUGAGUAUUCCUGUCAAUAAUAAAGAUCUUGAAAGUAACAGAGAAAUAAACGUCGGUAAUAUAUCUGAAGAAAAUAUUCCAAAUAAAAACAUUCUCGAAAUACAAACUGAUGACAACUACAGCAAGCAUUCUAAUGAAUUUACCGAUUCUUUUAAAGUCUUACCAGAUGAAUCUCUCAUAAAUUCAAAUAUAUUAACGAAUACAUUAAAAGCUUCUCAAAGUUAUUCAACUAAUUUGAAUGAAUUGUUGGAUAAAAGUGUAUUAGAAAUUUCACACAUUCCAAGAAAAUACUCAACAGAUAAUUUACCAACAAAUUUUUCGACACCUCAGUCUAUUUCAUAUAAUUUUGAUACAACUGAUAUUUUUGAGAAGCCUUCAACUUCUUUGUCAACAUGUGACUCGUUUACCAAAAAAGAUUUCGAGAAAUCUGAAAAGGUUGGGAUACACGAUGAAAAGUCUACGGAAAUUGAAAUUAGUCAUGAAGACGACGAUUUUACAGAUUUUCAUUCUUCGGUUCCAAUACCCCAGCCAAAAGUUCCUACGGCGAUGCCUGUCUUAGAACCUUUAAAGCCUACAGUUGUUUAUUCUAGCGCUCCUUCUAAUCAGAUCAAUUGGCCGGAUCCAGGAAUUACCGAUGAUGAAAUUAAGAAAUUUGAAGUAGCAUUUGCAAAACCAGUUGUCCCAAAAACUGAAGAGAAACCUAAAAAAGAAAAGAAUGUUGAAGUAAUUGUUAAUAGCACCAAAGACGUGACAACGCAUCCUAAGAAAUCUGGUACACCUGCACCAAGGACUGAAUUCCCUAUGUGGGACACCUCUCCAGUGCAUAAAGUGCAUAAAAAAUUGGACCCGAAAAAAAUAGAAAUAAAACAAAAUCCAUCUACAGAAGAAGAUGAAUGGACAGAUUUUGUUUCUGUCACAAAACCUUCCCCAGUUCAUAAAACUAAACUAUCAGACAGAAAUAAAACUUCUAGUCCCGAUUUAACCCUCUCCGUCCUCAAUUUAGGCAGCAUACAACCCGCGAAACAACCAAUUCCAGUAAUUACUCCACAAGGUUUAGUCCAAACGAGAUUAUCUAGUAGUACCAAUUCAGUUUCCCAACAAAAAUCCAAUUUUAUAAUUCCCAAACAGUUACCACAGUCACAGCCGUCUAUUAUUAGCAAUCAAUUCGCAUCUCAAGCUUAUAAUGUUGGUUUCAAUACUUCUCCAUCUUACAACUAUUCUACAAAUCCAUCACAAUCAUCUGCCUCCAUUCCAAAGAAAAAAUCUAAUCAAAUAAGUGGGAAUUUUGUAAUAAAUGGACAAGAAGAUGAUGAGUGGGGUGAAUUUGUAUCCAGUCCAUUACCCCCUCUUCAAAAUUCUUCCAAUACCCCAGGGCACCAUAAUUGGAAUCAGUCAGUAACCACUUCACGAUCCAAUGCUGGUCAGUACUUCAAUCAAAAUCAGUUUUCGAUUGGAAACGAAAUAAACAGAUCGAAUGUGGUGACACAAAAAAAGACUAGUCAGUUACCUGGUUUGGUUUUGCCAGAAUUGGAUUUUUUGUCUUUAAGAGAGCGAACGGGAGUAUCUAAAAAGAAAUGACCAAGGAAUCAGGUUGUACUGUAAGGUUGUGUAUAUUUGUACAGGUAGAGAAUUCUAAACGGGAACUAGCGGAAUUAUGAUAUACGAGAUAAAAAGAUAUUUUUUUAGAAAUGUAAAAAUCGCUACUUGAAUAGUACCAUUUUUAUUUUCUUGUAAUAUAAAAUUCAAAGAAAAUAUAAUUAAAAAUAGUAGUACCAAAUUCAUAAAAGUAUCAUAAACAAACAACGUGGUCGAAUAUCGUGUGUCAACCAUCAUUUCUUCUUCUGUAUAUUUUCUCCAAUCAAGUUUUGCAGUUAUUAUUCCUUCCAUCAUACUCUUCAAAACAUUUCUUUCUCCCAGAUAAUCUAGUUUUUGUUUAUCCUUAAUAUUUAUUUAUAACUAAAUUAGUUUACCUAGUAGUACCAAAGUUUGAUAAACUAAAAUUGAAAUUAAUCAGCUACAUUAUCGAUACAUUGGAAUUCAAACACCAAUGGCGGGGGGAAUCUUAAUUAUUUCUGAUGUUCUAAAUAAUUAUAAUUUAAAAUAUUGGCUUUGUUUUAAACAUUUUACUGCUGUUUUUGAUAUUUCACAUGCAACAUUUUUAUGUCAAGUAAUUAUUUAAAGUGCCGCAUAAAACGUCCCUUCAUAUGGUACUGACAAAAUAAAAAGCGGGUACACAGAAGUUCUGAAAAGGAUCGAGCACAGGUAGCUGUCUCAAAUUUAACAUAAAGUUCGGUUUCCUCAAAACCUUACAGUAGAACAUAAACAAAUAUCGAUGAAAUAUUUUUAUGUAUUAGUUAUGUAGCUGACGAAAUUCACUUUUAGUUUGUUACACUAUAAUAUUUAUUUCAAAUUUUGUUAAUGGAGUACUACUACCGCAAGAACCUUAAUAUAACAGAUAAUUUCUAGUAAUCGUUGAAAAUGAUUGAAAUUAUACAGAAAACUUUAAAAAGACCUAUGCUGAGUCUUCUGCCCCUAUUCGUCCAUUUCUGCUCUGCUCUGCUCUACUUUCUUCUUUAUCAGUUAUUUUGUUCUUAAUCCUAAAACAAUUGGCACUAUUUCUCAUUUCUAUUUAUAAAUAAUACUUUAUUUUUAGAUUUUAUGCAUUUUCUCAUUUUUUAAUUAUUUACUGACAGCUUUUGUUUUUACUCUUGAGAAUACAAGCGAUAAAAAAUUUCAAAUAAGAAAUUUGAAGACAAGACCCAUGAAGAAGAAGAAAUUUUCAAUAGUCCUGCUAGGAAUACUAUCUGUGUUAUUUAUAAUUGUUUAAAAAUUAUAUUUGACACUUCUCCAUAUUUUGAAAAUAUAUAUUAUUAGAAAUGAGAAAAUUUUUUAUUUUCUUGGAGAAUGUUCUUGUUUUUCAAACUUUCAGUAAUUUACGAAAGUUGUAACUUUUGGUUAGCUAUAAUAUUGUCAUUAAUGAUUUUUUUGCUAUGUCAAUUAAGAAGAAAAAGUUUGAAUUAUUCAACAUGGGUUUUAGCAAAUGUUUUAAAUAAUCAUUUUAAUUUCAAAAAUCUAAUCACAAAAUAUUAAUUGCGGUAUUUCCCUUAAUAUUUAUUUCAAAAAAGUGUAUCAUUAUCUUUCAAAAAGAUGGAUAAUACACUUAUAUUUAUUAUAAGUAAUUUGAAAAACUACUUUUUAUAUUAUGUAAUUCGUAUUUAGUUUUAGUUUAUAUUUAAAGGAUGUUGUUCAGAACUUUUGUAAAACUGAAAUAGAAACGGUUUGGUCGACCUAUUGUAAAAAAAAUUGUAUAACAUAUUUAUAGAAAUCUAUUUCCAUUUUUCUUCCAAAACCAUUUCGGUGUUAUUUUAAAGCAAGUUAAAUAAUUUGUUAUAUGCACAUAAAUGUAACAAUAAUGCAGAGUUUCAACCGACGUGAAAACAAAAGUUUAAUAGGCAAUUAUUUGAAAAACAAAAAAAAAUUUUAUCUACGUUUAAAUUAGUAUUUCUUGAGAUCUGUACAACGUUCGCAUCUUUGUUAUGAUUUAUUUUACUAUAAAAAUAUCAUAGAUUUGUCUGUUGAAGAUAUUUUGAAUAUUUAUGUAAAAAGUUAUUAGAUAUAGAAUUUUGAGGUUAGAAAACUUCAUAAAAAAUUGAAAGUACAGUUAUUCUUUACUAUACUUGAAAUAUUCUGUAAUAUUCUGUUUUUUUUUUGUUAAUAUCACUUGAAAUUUAUUUUAAAUCUAACCUCGAAAUUUAUUUACAUUGCACUUAAAUUAGUAUUCAAUUUUAAGCAUUUAAAUCAUCAAGUUGUGCCUUAUUUUUUCAUUUUUUACAUCUGAACAAUGUGAAUAAUUAGACGGAGUUGGGUUUAGUAGAAAAGAAAUUUUUUGUGUUGAUAUUUGUAAAAUAAGAUACACCGUAUAUUAAACAGAAAUUAUAGUAUACCAUGCCAACAAACAAAUUUUGAAUCAUUCAAUUAAACCAUAUGAGAAUUUUUCUUUUUAUUCUCAGCGCUAUUGAUUCGAAUUUUCCAGUUACCUUUCCCUUGAGGUUCUUUUUACUUCUGUUGUGCUUCUAUUGUCAUGCCAUGUAAACAAUCCCUUUUCAAACUUAAUUUUCUCUGCACGACUACUAUUCCAUUUUUUCAGCUAUUUGUCAAAGUUAUGUUAUGAGUUUCAACCAGUUGAUAUAUUUUCUUCUUAGUCCUUGUUUUUGUCCAACACUUGAAUCUUUUCAAAUUCAAUUGAACAUGUCGGUUUUUUUAAAUUCUUUUUUAUUAUUCUUUUUAUCCUAAAUUAACUUAUAAAUAGGUUGUGAUGGGAACAUUUUCGGAAAAGAUUUUAGGGGGAUUUCCCGAAAAAAAACCCAAAUUGGCUUUUAUUGGAAAAAACUUUUCAAGGGCAUUAAUUCGAAAUCAAAAAAAUGAAACCCCGAUGUUUGUGUUCUCAUCGCAUUGUACUCCUUUUCCAACAAUUUUGUAGACAUUACUUUUCGAGUAGAGAAUCUUGUAAAAUUCUUAUUUGCUACUAGUGUAACAAUUAGAAAAAUUCGAUAAACAAGUUCUCAACACAAAAAAUGAGCGAAUUGUGCAACAUUUAUUUCUCAACAGUAGUGCACUAUAGGAAAUAAAUUGUUAAACCCGUUUUUAGAGUCACUGAGGGUGCAAAUGAUUAGAUGUAUACUUCAAAUCAAAAUUACUGUGCAAUACUUUUUGACAUUAUUGUUGCCCUGAAAUUAUUAAAAUAUGAGUUGUUUUAUGUAAUAGUUUGAUUGGAUAUAAAAAAUAACAUUUCGAAGAAUAAUUAUUUUGAAUUUUAUAUUGAGUAAUUUAUAAUUAACAGCUCGUUCGAAGGAGUAAAGUAAUGGAAUUAUGGGAAAUUUCACAAUUUCUCAUUGCUCAUAAGAAUUUAGAAAAAAUAGUAACUCAUAAAUUUACAUGAAUCUUUUAAAAUUCCAACAAUUGAAUAAGUACCUAAUUCGAAUAUUUCGAUCACAAUCCAUCUUAAAACUUAAAAAUAGAAAUUACACUUAUAAUAAAUCCAUUGGACUGUUACAUGAAACAAUAUAAUUAAGGUAAUUUUUGGACACUAUUUAUAUAUUUAUUACAUGUUUCUUAAAAGCAUUUCAUUGAGUGAUAUUAUUUAGUAUUCCUGGUUGUAAAUAUUUUCUAUUUUUACAACAAGGCCAAAAUAUGGUAUUGUUCUGUACUUAAUGUAAUAUAUUAUGAAUGGUUAUUAUUUUUAAACGGUAUAUAAGGAGUGAUGUGAAUAGUUGUUAUAUAGAUAAUCAUCUCAAUAUACAAUACCCACUUUCA